CGCCCGAAGCCGGUUCGGGUCAGAACUCGCGCAGGGCCAGCCGGCGGCCGAUAUCCGUGCACGUGUUUCGCUUGGAGUCCGAACCGCGCAUGGACGGGCCGCUCUCCACCACGCCGGGCCGUGGCCGCGGUCGACUGAUACGCGAGCGGUCAGCGCCGGCGUCAAACGCCUCUGGGCGGCAGUAGUGCUCCGCCCGCCCCGCCCGCCGUCUGCUAGGGCAGCAGCAGUAGAGAUUUCCCGGGGGAAAAACGACUUCUGAGGCGUGGACCGGGUCCGGGCGGUCUGUUUUAGCAGCCAACCUGCUGCGCCGUGAGUCGAGACCGACCGCUUCGGUUCGAGACCCAGGAUGCUUCCGACUCCGCACCCCCACCGCCUGGCCGCGGGCCUCGGCGGGAAGACCACGCAGCAUGUCAGCGCGGCCGUGGUCUCGCUGCUGGCGCUGAGCUGCGGCACGGCCUUGGGCUGGACCUCGGCGGCGGCCGCGGUGGAGCAGGGCGAGCAGGGCUUCGCGGUGACGGCCGACGAGUGGUCCUGGGUGGGCUCGGUGCUCACGCUGGGCGCGGUGCUGGGCUGCGUCGGGGUGGGCGCGCUCCUCGGCCCGCUGGGCCCGCGCACCACCUGCCUGGGGCUCGCGCCCGUCUUCAUCGUGGGCUGGGCGCUGCACGCCUGGGCCUCCAGCCUCUGGAUGCUCGUGCUGGGCCGCGUCCUCACGGGCUUCUGCUUCGGCGCCACCUGCGUCGUCGUGCCCAUCUACACGUCCGAGGUGGGCGAGAGCGACGUCCGGGGCGCGCUCGGCAGCUACCUGGAGCUGCUUAUCUGCGCGGGCGUGCUCGUCGUCUACCUGCUGGGCGCCUACCUGCCGCUGCUCUGGCUCAACAUCUUCUGCCUGGCGGUGCCCGCGGUGUUCGCCGCGCUGUUCAUGUGGCUGCCGGACUCUCCCCGGUGGAUACUGCUCCACACGGGAUGCCGUGAAAAGGCCCGGAUCGCCCUGAGCUUCUACCGCGGCGGGGCCGACGUGACCGGGGAGCUCGCCGAACUGGAGGCGACCCUCAAGUGCAACGCCGAGGAGGACGAGGGUGUCUCCCUGGCGGCUGCCUUCAACACCAGGGCGUCCAAGAAAGGCCUGGCGUUGGCGAUAUGCGCCAUGCUGCUGCAGCAACUCUCCGGCAUCGACGCUGUCUGCUUCUACGCUAGUCAGAUGUUCAGAGACGCGGGUACGAUCAGCCUCUCGGCCGAUGAGGCCAGUUUGGUGAUGGCUGCGGCCCAGAUCGUGUUCGUCAUCGUCUCCCUGCUCAUCGUGGACAACCUAGGAAGGCGCAUUGUACUCAUGGUCUCGUCCGGCAUCUUGACUGUUUGCUGUUUUGCCAUGGGCCUCUACUUCUAUUUCAACAGCGGCGUGGACGCGGACCACUCGCUGGACUGGAUCCCCGUCGUGGUGUCGUGCGUGUACGUGAUGGGCUUCUCCAUCGGCCUCGGACCCGUGCCGUGGCUCUUCGUCGGCGAGAUCUUCCCGGACCGCGUCAAGGGGCUGGCUUCGUCCGUGGCCAACACCGCCAACUGGCUGGCCGCCUUCCUCGUCACCAAGUUCUUCCCGACCAUCAAUGAGACUCUCGGCGUCUACGUGUCCUUCUGGGUGUUCGGCGCGUGCUGCCUGGCCGGCGUGGCCGUCGUGUUCUUCUUCUUCCCCGAGACCAAGGGCAGGACGCUGGACGAGAUCCAGGACGACCUCAACGGCAGGAAGAACCGACGGACGACUGCGCUGCGACCAGAGGGGCUGCACGGCGCCGGCACGGAGAAGCGCCGGUACGGGUCGUUUGACUCGAACUCUAAGGUGUGAGGCUCAAACGACGCGGGGCACACAUCGUGAAGCCAACGUGCCAGACCAAACAUAUUGAAUCUCACUAACAGCGCAUUGGGGAGAAAAAUAGUACAAACUAUAAGACAAAAAUAAUAAAUUACUUUACUACUUGA